CGGUUCGGAAAAGGGACGGUCGAGCACAUCGUUUUGGGUGUUUGCCCUCCUCUCAGCGGCGAAAGGGAACCUGUAAACCUUUGUAGCACUUGGGUGGAAAAGGCCUUGAAUCCCCAGUCGUCUUCUUCUCCACUACCUCAUAAAACGAGCGAGGAUAAAGAAGAUUGAAAGGGAGAGCUGGUGGAGGUUGAGAGAGUUUGGAGAUGGAGGAGUGUGCUUCUGGUGUUGCGUCUAGUUUAAUGAUCAACAGAAUUUUCAUUGGUGGCCUGAGUACAAGUGUGACAGCUGCUGACUUGGAGAAGACAUUCUUGUCGCUAGGCAGAGUGCACAAUAUGGAGUUUGUGCGUUCAAAUGGACGGAGCUUUGCUUUCGUGGACUUCGAGCCUAACUCUGACAAAGCUUUGGCGAAGCUGUUUGCAGUUUACAAUGGAUGCACUUGGAAAGGAGGGAAACUGCGACUUGAAAAGGCUAAAGAACAUUAUCUGGCUCGCUUGAAGCGGGAGUGGUUUGAAGAAGCUAAAGUCAAUGGACCACCUGAUCUUGAUGUUGUGAAAAGUUCAGAUCAUUCAGACAAGUCAGGAUGCUUAAGUCAGGAGAAUGCUAACCUUCGAAUUUUUUUCCCAAAGUUGAGAAAGGUAAAGACACUGUCGUAUAAAGGAACAGGGAAGCACAAGUACAGUUUUCAACGUGUUGUAGUGCCUUCCCUACCAAUUCAUUUUUGUGACUGUGAGGAACAUUGUGGGCCAUCUGAAACAGCCAAUGAAACAUAUAUCUCUGCUCUGAAUUCUGCAGCAUAUGAGAAAGAACGAAGUAUUAUGACAGGUGUAAUGAACAAACUUCUUGAGAAGGAAGAGAAUGAAGUCCCUGCAUCUGGGGUGAAAAGCAUUGCUACACAAGCCAUUAUUGUAAAUACCUCUGAUGAUGACAUUAAGCCAAAACAAACUGAAGAAGCUCAGGAAACAGAUGCAGACUUUGUUACCAACAUUGGUGUGGGAGAAAGUGAUGACAUGUUGAUGCAGUUAUUAGGCAAGAAGGCACAAUCUGUGGAUCAGGUUCAGGAGUCGAGAACUGGUAUACCCCAAACUUUUACAGAAGGGCUUACUCAAAAGAAAGCACGUUCUCUAAAGAGGCAGAAGAUCACGACUACUGUUACUUCUGAAGUCGCAUCAAGUCAGGCAACCUCUCCAACAGUGGUGGGGACUGAAGAUGAAUUUGCUUCCAUAUUAACCAGAAGUGAAGAUUUAAAGGUUGAUAAAGUAAACAAGAUUUUAGCGGAAGAUUCAGCUGGCAAAAAUCAAGCUGAAAAUGCCACAACUACUGUUAUAUCAGCAACAAGCAACACCUGGAUACAGAAAUCCUCAUGGAGAGAUCUUGUUGGGGAGUCAGACAGCAGCACAUUCAGCAUAUCACAUGUAUUGCCUGGCAUCAGUUCAAUAGCACCAACGGUACCGAAUGCUAAGGAUUCUGUCACCAAGCCUUUUGCUGCACCAAAGAAGAGGAAGAGGGAACCUGAUGGAGAGGGUUCAACAGAUGUUAAGGUGAAACAAAAUACCAGACUUGAGAAGAUUAUAUCACAUAGUCCUCCUGGGGUGCCAGGGAACAUAGACAGAAGGAAAGCAACUACUACAGAUACCACCGAUGGAGAGCAUCAGAACAAUCUGCAGCAGGGAAGAAGUAUCCCAAAAAUUAACAUCGGGGAAGUUUGCACCUUCAUGCGCAGUGCCGAGUCCGAAAAGGAGUGGUUGAAGGCAAAAGCAACUCUAAGUGGGUACCUGAAGAAGAAAGGUGGAGACACCAACGCUUCUAAGGAACCCAAACUCAAGCCAUCCAGGAGAUGAUCGAAUGUGCACUCUGAGUGAUGAGAAACAGCAAUGAUCUUUUAGUAUCUUUUCCUGUUUCCUUUCAAAAUCUCAUGUUGUAUAACUUCUUACUGCAGUUUUAAUGAACUUUUUGUUUAUCAGUAC